AUGGCAACGAUAUAUCGAUAAGUUCGAUAUAUCGAUAUAUUGUUUUGAUAUAUCGAUUUUUUUAUAUCGAUUAAAAUCUUUCGAUAUUUAUCAACAAUCGAUGUUAAACAUUCGAUAUUAUCGAUAUAUCGAAAAUUACAAAUUUACAAUUAAUUAAAAUUAUUGAGGUAUAAAUAAUAAUUUUUUUUAGCAAAUUAAUGAUAUUUAUCAUGAUUAAUGAAAUCAAACAAUUUACUAGUAAUAUAUAAAUGAUAACAAUAAAUUGUUAAUAAUACUAAUUUAUUUUUUAUUUAAAGCUUAUUGGUUGUUAUAUUUUAUGUUCCAUGUUUUGUUGUAUAAAUAUACUGUUCAAUAAUAAAACAAAUUGGCGCGGCAGCAAAGUGUCAUAAUAUUUGAUGCAAUUCUGUGUUACAAAGAUUUUCAGUAAUUUUUUGUAUUUAUGUACUUUGUAUAAUUAUUUGUGAUGGGUAAAAUAAGUAAAAUUUGGCGUCAUUUUGACAAAGUCAAUAAAUUGUCUGCUAAAUGUAAAGUAUGUGGUAAAAUAUGUUUAACGUCUGGCAACACAUCUAAUCUUCACUCUCAUCUUAAAAAUGCACACCAACUAAAUUCAAAAAUAAAGGAAUCACAAAAAAUUGAUAGUGAUGAUGCUGACCAGAUUGACAAUGUGUUAAUUCAAUUUGACAUUCCUACUUCAUCAACUAGUGAAGCUAGUGAUACUCUUUUGUUAGAUAUCUCCCAAAGAAAAAAAUGCCAACCUUUAAUUGAGCACUGUUUUAAUUAUGUAUCAUCAAUGAAAGCAGGAGGAAUGAAAAAUUCAGAAAUAACUGAUGCAUUAAUUUAUUAUAUUUGCAAGGAUAAUGUACCAUUUUCCACUGUUGAAGGAAGUGGAUUUAGACAUUUUUUACAAGUGUCUUGUCCCCUUUACACAGUUCCAUCUAGGAAUACUAUAAAAAAUAAAUUGGAUUUAAAAUAUGACUAUUUAUCUAAAGUGUUUUCUAAUAAGUUGAAGAAAAACAAUAAUUUUACACUAACAUCAGAUAUUUGGACAGAUUUUCAAAUGAAAAGUUAUAUUGGUGUUACUAUACACUUUUUAGAAGGCACUCAAUUUAUAUGUGGUACAUUAGGUGUACAUGAAUUAAGUAAGUCUCAUAUAUCUGAAAAUAUUAGUGAGGCAUUUGAAAUUAUUAUGACUCAAUGGGAAAUUAGUAAACACCAAAUUAUUGCUAUUGUAACUGAUAAUGCUGCAAAUAUGAAAAAAGCAGCUAGUGAUACAUUUGGCAUAUAUAAAACAAUCCCAUGUUUUGCUCAUACUAUAAACCUUAUAGCUAAUAACGCAUUAGAGAAUUGUAUUGAUUUAAAUAAGUUGAUUGACAAAAUUAGAAAUAUUGUAAAAUUUAUAAAAAAUAGUGUUAAUGCUAAUGAUGAAUUAAGGAGUAUCCAAAAAAAUGAUGGUUUACCAGAAGGAAAAGUGUUAAAAUUAAUAUUGGACAUCAAGACUCGUUGGAAUAGUUUAUAUUAUAUGAUAGAUAGAUUUUUACAUUUGUAUCGUGUUGUUUCUUCUAUUUUAUUAGAAAGGCCAAAUGCACCUGAUUUAAUAACAACUAGAGAAAUAUUGAUUGUCAAAGAAGUUAAAAAUUUGAUGCAACCACUUGAAGACUUGACAAAAAAAAUCUCUGGUGAAAAAUAUACCACAAUUAGUACAAUUUUACCAUUGAUUAAUUGUAUCAAUAGUGCGGUGAAUAAUUGUCAAACUACAUCUUUAAUUGGUAUUGAAUUAAAAAAAAAUAUAUUAUUUGAACUUGACAAGCGUUUUAAGAAUCUAGAAAUAUUCAAUGACUUUCCUCUAGCUACAUUACUAGACCCCAGAUUCAAGAAUCUUCAUUUCAAAGACCCUGUUCGCUGCCAAAAAGCUAUUGAAGUUGUAAAAAAUAUGUUGAUACAAAAAGAAAACUCUGAAUGUGUACAUUGUUUUGAACCUACUCCAUCAAAUGAACUUGUAGAUAAAAAAUUAGAUUCAUUUGAUCUUUGGUCAUACCAUACUUCAGUAUCAACCAUUCAGGUUCAGAAUAAAACAUCUCCAAUGUAUCAAGAGUUGUAUGAUUAUUUGGGAAAGCCUGUAGAAAAAAUAGACACUAAACCCCUUGAAGCUUGGGAAUACAUGAAAUCGUUAUACCCAAACUUAUAUUACAUUGCUCGUCAAAAAUUAAGUAUUGUUGGUACCUCUGUUCCAUCAGAACGCUUAUUUUCCAAAACUGGUCAAACAAUAUCCAAGGCAAGAAACAGAUUAACAGGGAAACAUUUAUCUAAGCUUGUCUUCAUGAGCUCUUUAAGUGAAGCAGAUUGGUUUUCAAAAGUCUUAUAAUUAAAAAA